AUGAUGACGACUGGCCGUGUGCUGCUGGUGUGUGCCCUCUGCGUGCUGUGGUGCGGUGUCUGCGGUGGUGAACGAGCUGAAGCAGCUCCAGGUUCUUCGGAUAAUGCGUCAAGUGAAGAGAAACCUCAAAGCGACAAAGGAGAGACCACAGGUGUUGCUGGAGGUGGUGGCCAAAAAAGUGAACAGGCAGUGCCUAAAGCACCAGCAUCAUCAAAGGCGCCAGAAUUGCCGGAAGUGCAAACGAACUCGCCACAGGCAACACAACCCGAAGGAGGAGAAGCACCAGAAACGGUAAAUCCAACGACGGGCAAAAAGGAUCAAAAAGAAGACGAUAAAAAGGAGAAAACUGACGAAGCCGAAGCCGAAGAUGACGAAGAAGAAGAAGAAGAAGAGGAAAAGGAAGAGGAUGAUACGGAGGAAAAGGGAGAGACAAUGAAAGAAGGAGCUGGUACCGGCACCACAGAGGUGAUCUCAGCAGGCACUGAAGAGCAGCGAAGUUUAUCUUCUGGCGCGGAGGGAGCAUCGAAUAUAACAAAUCCCAACGGCACCCAAACAACUGGAGACGAUGAUCCAGCAGCUGAUGCCGCAGGGACAGCAGAGGGAAAACAAAAUGAAAAUAAAGAUGCCAAUCCGAAAGAAGCACCAUUCGAAGCCAAAUCCAUGAAAAAUACAACGGCGACGACUGGCGACAGUGACGGCAGCACCGCGGUCUCCCACGCCACCUCCCCUCUUUUGCUUCUUCUUGUUGUUGUUGCGUGUGCGGCUGCGGCUGCGGUGGUGGCCGCGUGA